AUGAAUACAGAGCCUUCGAGGUUAUCAGGGGAGGAUGAGUUGAUCGUUUCGUUGACUGAAAACUCUCUCCAAAAGAAUAACAUCACACAUAUUGUCAGUGUUCUGAAGUACGAUUUCAAGAACUUCAAUAUCGAUUGGAACAAGUACAAACACCUCCAAAUCGAAGUGGAUGAUGUAGAGGAUGAGAAUUUGCUGGCUGAAUUUGAGACGACGGGAGCUUGGAUUGAGGAGGCUUUGAAGGGCAAUGGGAGGCUUGAGGGUGAUGAGGGCGAGAAGAAGAAGGGUGCUGUGCUCGUUCAUUGCGCAAUGGGUCGCUCCCGUUCUGUAACCAUUUUAAUCGCCUACCUCCUCCGUCAAUAUUCCUCACUGACUCCCCAUACUGCGCUUGCCCAAAUACAACAAACACGUCCUUUCGCUGAGCCUAAUGAUGGAUUCAUGGCGCAACUCCAACUAUAUCACGAAAUGGGCUGUCCAAGAAACAUAGAUGAUCAGCCUAAGUAUCAAAGAUGGUUGUAUCAAAGAGAGGUUGAGUUGGCUGUGGCCACCGGAGGACGACCUGAUUGGGUAAGAUUUGAGGAUGAAGAAGAGCAGGAUAAACAGAAGGCAGACGGCAAGGAAAAGGAAAUCAGAUGUAGAAUGUGUCGCCGCAACCUCGUCACAACCCCUUACCUGAUACCUCACACGCCCUCCCCAAAAUCCACGUCUUCUCCCACCUCUCUCACAACACCUAUUUCCUCCCUUGCUUCCACUCCUCAUCAUAGCACCUGUACCCACCACUUCUUGCACCCUCUCUCCUGGAUGCGUCCAGAGCUCGAACUCGGAAACUUAUCUGGAAGACUCGAAUGUCCAAACCAAAAAUGCAAAGCCCAAGUUGGAAAGUAUGCUUGGCAGGGGAUGCGAUGUAGCUGUGGAGUAUGGGUUUGCCCGGCUUUCAGUUUGUUAAAGGGAAGAUGUGAUGAGGUCACGAUCGGAAAGAGGGUGGAAGGAGGGAGCGGGGGUAUUAGGAUGCCUCCUGGGAUGAGAGGAAGCGGAACUACGUUGGAGAGGGAGAAGGGUAGUUUGUAG